AUGUCUUACAUGCUUCCACAUCUACACAAUGGCUGGCAGGUGGACCAGGCCAUUCUGUCUGAGGAGGACCGCGUCGUGGUCAUUCGGUUUGGACACGAUUGGGAUCCUACUUGUAUGAAAAUGGAUGAGGUUCUCUAUAGCAUCGCUGAAAAGGUUAAAAAUUUUGCAGUUAUUUAUCUUGUGGAUAUUACAGAAGUACCUGACUUCAACAAAAUGUAUGAGUUAUACGAUCCUUGCACUGUCAUGUUUUUCUUCAGGAACAAGCACAUAAUGAUUGAUUUGGGCACCGGCAAUAACAACAAGAUCAAUUGGGCCAUGGAGGAUAAGCAGGAGAUGAUCGACAUCAUCGAGACUGUUUACCGAGGGGCACGCAAGGGCCGAGGACUGGUUGUAUCUCCCAAAGACUACUCUACCAAGUACAGAUACUAA